CGGUAGCGUCGGUGUACCAUCCGCCAUAAAAAUGCCAGAAGAAGAAGCUGAGCAGAAGUUUUCCUUUGGAUGAAGUUAUAAACAGUGCUACUGUUGCGUGCUUGCUGAUCAUCUUCCUUCUCUACAUCAACAUUGUGCUCCAGUUGUCAAUCAGAUGGCUCAGAAGAAAGUCAAGCUGGACCCAGAGGCCUUCUCAUGUACGAUCUGUGCAGGUCUGCUGAAGGAUCCGGCGACCAUUCCCUGUGGACACAGCUACUGUCUGAGCUGUAUAAAUAACCACUGGGAUGGAGAAGAUCAGAAAGGGAUUCACAGCUGCCCUCAGUGUGGGGAGACGUUCAAACCGAAGCCUGUGCCGACGAAAAACAUUGUGUUAACGGAGCUGGUGGGGGAUCUGAAGGACAACGGCUUCCAAGCUGCUCCAGCUGAUCACUGCUAUGCUGGACCUGAAGAUGUGGCCUGUGAUGUCUGUACUGGGAGGAAGAUGAAAGCUGUCAAAACCUGUCUGGUUUGUUUAGUUUCUUACUGUCAGAAUCACGUUAAACUUCACUACGAAUCUCCUGCCUUUAAAAAACACAAGCUAGUGGAGCCCUGCAAGAACCUUGAGGAGAACAUCUGCUCUCAUCACGGCGAGGUGCUGAAACUCUCACAGACAGAGGAUCACAACCAGUUUCUCCUCAAUUGUCCUGUAUGGGCAGACGUUACUUGGCCUACAUACUUCUCCAUAUUUGAUGGCAUUCCUCCAGGAUACUUUGAGAAUGUGACAGAAGCUGUGUCAGCGGUCAAAGCCAUUGUGGCGGACUUGAUUUGCGAUGGAUGGCCAGAGAUCUCUGAGACGAUAUCAAAAGUGGAUGUUUUAUUGUCAGAACCAGAACUAUCCACCAGAGAGGACUUCUUAAGAUACGCAGUAGACAUCACACUGGACCCAGACACGGCGCACCAGGAGAUUCGCUUAUCCAGAGGAGCCCGGAAAGCUUUAUCGAUGGGAACACUGCAGAAUUACCCCAACAACACAGACAGAUUCAAGAAUCCUUUGCAGGUCCUGAGCAGAGAGCGCCUGACUGGCCGCUCCUACUGGGAGGUGCAGUGGAGAGGAAGGGCAGUCGAUGUCGCCGUUUCAUACAGCAACAUCAGCAGAGCAGGAGGCUUGGAGAAAUCUGAGUUUGGGUGGAACAACAAGUCCUGGUCGCUGCACUGUCACUCAGCCGGUUACACGUUCUGGCAGAACUCUGUCCACACGCCGGUGUUGAGUCCUCCUUCGUACAGAGUCGGAGUGUUUCUGGAUCCCAAAGCAGGAAGUCUGUCCUUCUACAGCGUCUCUGAAACCAUGACUCUCCUCCUGAAAAUCCAGACCACAUUCACUCAGCCGCUACACGCCGGGCUGAGGUUCCCCAACUCUAGGAACGACACCGCUGAGUUUGUGAAACUGAAGUAGCUUCAAUGUGUAUUUAGGUUUCCUAUGGAAGAGAAUUAGGGUAAUAAAAAAAGAGUAGACUUUUUUCAAUCAGA